UAUUCCACUCCCAAACAAAACCAAUGUGAAGAACAAACCCAAAGAAAAAAACACAACAAUAACAUACUUAUAGAUUAGUUUAAAGUUUAGGAAAAACAGUCUUAAUUUCAUAACAAAUAUUUGCUUCACUUUUUGUGUUUUUAUUUUACCUAUAUCCAAUGUUGCACUCUUAUUUACACUAUAAUCACAAGUUUCUCUUCCCAAAUCUACCUGUUUCUCUCACCACACACCAUUUUUCUUCACCAUCACCCCUUGUUCAUGAUUUUGUCCAUAGACCAACAUGUAAUUCUCACACUGUUUCCGCCAUUAAUCCUCUUCAUGUUGAACUUUCACCGUGGCUAACCAAAUUAACUACAUCAACCGUGGAAUUAGGCACCGUUUUUGAUGCUAUAGAUGAGUCUUCUUUGAAUCAAGUAACUUUCAGCGUUAUUCUCAGUGUAGCCAUUGCUGUGUUGUUCUUUCCUACAAUCCAGCGUCGCAUCAAAACAGCAAAACAAUUGAAAUAUAGGUCUUCUGGAGUAAAGAAGUCAUCAUUGAAUAGAUCAAAAAGUUCUAAGAAGUCCAAUAUACGACCUUCACCAGAUCUUUUCUUCUCUCCAUUUUCUUUUCUCUUAAUAUUGAAUUUAAUAGAUUAUCAUCAAUGUCUUAUUCAGGUUCGCCAGAUAACAAUCACCAUAAGGACAGUGAUAAAUGGAUUGUGUUACCUUGCUACAUUUGUGUAUGGCAUAAACUCUUUUGGUUUAUUGCUUUAUUCUGGACAACUUGCCAUCAACACCUAUGUGAAAGAGUCAUCAAGUGGGAAAAAAAGUAGUGAAAGCAAAAUUAUGGAGCAGUCAGUUUUAUCAAAUUCAUCGGAUGAAGAUCAAAGUUCAAAUAAUUCACAGUAAUCAAAGUUCAGUUUUUGGUACAUUUUGGAUAUUUAGUAAGUGUUUAGGGUACUGUGUGUUAUAUACAUGUGCAUAAUAUUUGUAAAUAGAGAUACUAGCAUUUACACUCGUUUCCACAAUUUUACAUAGAUGCAAUAUAUAUCCGUAGAUAGAGAUACUAGCAUUUACACUCGUUUCCACAAUUUUACAUAGAUGCAAUAUAUAUCCGUAGUUGUAGUUUUGAUGUAAUUAGUUUCUAUAUGCUA